AUGUCGCAAAGAAUCUAUUUGACAGACCAACCUGUGAGAAGACCACAACCCACCGGGAACUCACUGGUGAGAAAAAUCCAAAGAGCUUGUCGAUUGACACUUGAUGAACCCGAUCUUGGACUGAAUUUGGACGUAGCGGACUUCAUCAACGCCAAACAGGGUGCAGCCCCCAGGGAUGCAGCAAUUGCCAUUGUCAAGCUCAUCAACAGUCGCGAUACACAUACAGCUGUGUUUGCAUUGGCUCUUUUGGACGUUUUAGUGAAAAACUGCGGGUACCCUUUCCAUUUGCAAAUAUCGCGGAAAGAGUUUCUCAAUGAAUUGGUCAAACGGUUCCCCGAAAGACCACCUUUGCGUUUCACCAAAGUCCAGCGUUUGGUGCUAACAGCAAUCGAAGAGUGGUACCAAACAAUCUGCAAGCAUGCAGCCUACAAGGAAGAUCUAGCGUACAUCAGGGAUAUGCAUCGUCUCCUCAAGUACAAGGGCUACAUUUUCCCAAAAAUCAAAGAAGAGGACUUAUCGGUUCUUAGACCAGGAGACCAUCUCAAAACUCCAAGCGAGAUUCAAAAAGAACAGGAAAUUGCUCAGGCAGCAAAACUCGAGGAACUUAUUAGACGUGGUCGUCCAGAAGACUUGAAAGAGGCUAACAAACUUAUGAAAGUUAUGGCUGGAUUCAAAGAAGACAAUGCCAUCAAAUCGAAACAGCUAAUUAAUGACGAGCUUUUCAAAUUAAAGCGUAAAGCCGAUUUGUUCAAAGACAUGCUCAGUACUUCGGAAACUCCAAGUAUGGAAAAUGAGACUUUAGUGGAGCUCUACAGUGCUUUGAAAGUUUCUCAACCCAAAUUUCAAAAAAUCAUCGAAGAAGAGCACGACGAUGACGCGUUGGUGCAAGACAUUUUGCAAUUCAACGAUACUGUUAACCAACUGGUUCAGAAAUACAACUUACUCAAAACUGGUAAUCCCGGAGAGGCAGCAAACAUUCAGGUGCAAUCCCUAUCAGCCCCAGCUCCUGCAGGUCGGUCAGGAGGUGCUCUUGCGAACGAAUUAGACUUGAUUGAUUUUGGUGAUGCCGACGAACCAUCUCCUUCCCCUUCACCCGCUGAAGCCUCUAGUAAUCCCGUCGACGAUCUUUUGGGGGAUUUGAACAAUUUGAACUUUUCUCAACCUCCUCAAAGUUUUGGCUUGGGCGGAAGCAUAGCGCUUGGAGCAGCUCAACCAACCACUCAGACCCAAACAACCCCCGCAGCUGGGCUGGACUUGUUGUCCGGGUUCAAUGACUCGGUGUCGCUAUCCCCACCACCUCCUCCUCCUCGCCAAGAUUUGUUUGGCGCAGACAGUUCGGUAUUCAGUGAUUUUACGGAAGGGACGGGCGCGUCUGGUGCAAGCAGGGUUGAAGUCUUCGAUUCGGAGCACCUGAAGAUUGAGUUUGAGGUGUCAAGACAGUCAGAGAAAACUAUCAUGAUCUCAUCGUUCUUCUCCAACUCAGGAACCGCCCCAAUUUCGGAUUUGACUUUCAUGGUUGCUGUUCCAAAGUCAAUGACAUUGAAAUUAGAUCCUCAAUCAGGUAACUUCAUUUCUGCAGGCCUGAAAGACGGUGUCAAGCAAUUUGGAUCAAUCGAAAACGCCUUCCAAAAUGCCAAUAAGCCACUGAAAGUCAAGUGGAAAGCCACGUACACUGUGAAUGCCACACCAGUCGUGAAAACCGCGGUAUUCACCUUGCCCCAGAUUUAG